AUUAUUAUUUAUACUAUUAAUAAUUAACCGAACAAAUUAAAUGUACCUUAACAUAAUAUUUCGAAGAAUUAUUUUUUAAUUUUAAGUCCUUAUCUAAUAAAAAAUUGUAAUCUAAAUAAUAUAUGUAAUAUUUUAUUAACUUAGAAUUCAUUUAGCAUCAAUGAGAUUAUCAAAUGCGUGGAAGUCUAAUGUUAGCUUCAACUUAUUUUUUUCAUUAAAAUUGGUACCAAAUUGUAGAGCUAUAAUGACUUUUGAAAGGAAAAGAUAUGGACACUCAAUUUCUAACGAAGAAAAUAGUACCUUCAAAAUAACUAUAGGGGAUGUAAAAAAACUCACCAAAUCAUCAAAAACUCCAGAAUUUGUUCCUACUCAGUAUUUAUCUAUGUCUUGUAACCAAGAAGCAAUAUCACAUUUGCGUUGGAUGCUACAAAAAGAUAUUCUUGGGCAAGAUAUGUUUUUGAUUGGUACACCUGGUUCUCAAAGACGUCGCUUAGCUAUGGCAUACUUAGAACUAACUAAUAAAUCUGUAGAAUUUGUUUCAUUAUCACAAGAUACAACAGAAGCUGAUUUAAAACAACGAAGAGAAAUUGUAAGCGGAACUGCUAAAUAUUUUAAUCAGAGUGCUGUUAAAGCUGCUAUUGAAGGUCGAGUAUUAGUUUUAGAUGGAAUUGAAAAAGCCGAACGUAAUGUUUUACCAAUUUUAAACAAUUUAUUAGAAAAUCGAGAAAUUCACUUAGAAGAUGGUAGAUUUUUAUUGGCACCUAAAACUUAUGACAAUUUAUUAAAGGAACAUGGAUUAGAAAAUAUGAUUAAAUGGAAUUUAGUUCGGGUUAGUGAAGAUUUUUUGGUUAUCGCUUUAGGGUUGCCUGUUCCAACAUUUAGUGGUAUUCCUUUAGAUCCUCCAUUACGAUCGCGUUUUCAAGCAAGGAAUAUUACCACACCAUCUUAUUUGACGAUGUUAAAUGACUUAAUGACGGAUUAUUCUACGAUUUCUAAAGACAAACUGGAACAACUUUUAUCUUGUGCUUAUGCUUUAGCCUCGCCAGAAUCAACAGAACUCGGUUUACACUAUUUUCCGAUCGAAAACUUACCCAUUGCUGCAAAAUUAAUCCAUAAUAAUUCUUCAGUAUCGACCAAUUAUUUAUUAAAACGACUUUAUCCAUAUGAUAGCUUUAUGAAUGUUGAUGGAAAGAAUGCUGUGAAUAAUAUUGUUUCUUCAUUUUGUGAAGAAGAAGAUGAAGCUAUAAAAUGUUAUGUCUCAUCUGUUGGGCAACCAGAAAAUAGUCUAAUUAAAAUUGUUCUUUCAAAUUCUAAAAGUUUUACUGUUCCUUGUGGAGAAUUUUCUUCGAAUCCUAUAAUUCAAGAUCAUGUGAAAACGAAUUAUCAAGAUAAAAUUUUAGCUGAUCUUGCACUCAGUCAUUCUGCUAGUGAUAUUUGUAUUAUAGGGCCUAGGGGUUGUGGUAAAACAGCUAUUGUUAAUCAAUUUGCUGCAAUGUUUAACUAUGAUAUAGAAACAAUUUCUUUGUAUCAAGAUUUAACAUCAAGAGAUUUGAUUCAACAUAGAUCUACCUUACCAAACGGUGAUACAAUUUGGAAGUACAGUCCAUUAGUGGUAGCAGCUCUCGAAGGAAAACUAACAGUUCUUGAUGGGCUACAUAGAUUACAUUCUUCUACAUUGACUAUUUUACACAGACUAAUUCAAGAUCGAGAUCUCCAGCUUCAUGAUGGUACUAGAUUAUUAAGAUCAGAUAGGUAUGACAACUUAGCUAGUAAACUUGGAACAAGUACUUUAGAAAAAGCAAAUAUUCUAAGAAUUCAUCCUGCCUUCAGAAUCAUUGCUUUAGCAGAAUCACCUGGUGGUACUAUUCCUCAGUGGAUCACACCUGAAGUUCUGAACCUUUUUUUGUUUCAUGAAAUCAGACCUUUAUCUGCUAUUGAAGAACUGAGUGUUAUUCAAAACCUUUAUCCUAACAGUGUAAAAUCAAUGAAAAGUUUAGUGUCUGUUGCUGAAAAUCUUAGAAAAUCAUCUGAUGCAUACUUAAAUUCAUUGGCUUUUUCACUAUCUACUCGUCAAUUGUUACGCAUAGCAAAAAGACUUGAAAAAUAUUCUGAUUCAGACUUUUUCAGCAUUGUUAACAAAGCUUGCUUAUCUCAAUUCUUACCUCUUUUAACUAAACAAAUGCUUGAAAACACUUUGCGAAAGUGUAACAUAAGGCCUAUAACAAGUAAAGAAAAUAACAGUGUAAUAGAAUGUAAAUAUAAUAAUGAAUAUGUAACAAUUGGACAGACUACUGUUUCACGAUACAGUACAAAUGCAACAACUAAAGUUCCCAAUAUAUUAUUUUAUGAUUUACCUCAGCAUUUAAAACAGUUGGAACUAAUGUUGCAAGAUUUUAUGCUAGGUGAACAUUUACUCUUAGUUGGUAACCAAGGAGUUGGUAAAAAUAAAAUAGUUGAUAGAUUUUUACAACUAAUGAAUCGCCCCAGAGAAUAUAUUCAACUACAUAGAGACACAACAGUUCAAUCAUUAACCAGUCAACAAACAGUUAUUGAUGGUUUAUUGAAAAUUGAAGAUUCCCCUUUAGUUAAAGCAGUUAAAGCUGGUUAUGUUUUAGUAGUCGAUGAAGCUGACAAAGCACCCAUUCAUGUAACAUGUGUGCUUAAAAAUCUUGUUGAAACUGGAAAUAUGAGACUUGCUGAUGGAAGACUAAUUGUUAACAAUAAAAAUAGUUCAUCAUUAAAUAACUCAAUAAUUUCACUUCAUCCUGAUUUUAGAAUGAUAAUUUUAGCUAAUCGACCUGGUUUUCCAUUUUUAGGAAAUAAUCUAUUCAGCACAUUAGGUGAUGUAUUCAGUUGUCAUAUUAUUAAUAAUCCAAGUCAAGAAUCUGAAACUCUAUUGUUAAAAAGUUAUGGUCCAAAUGUUUCUGAAGAAAUUAUUGAACAAAUAAUUUUAGCAUUUGGAGAUCUUAGACAAUUAUUUGAUAAAAAUUUAGUAUCAUAUCCUUAUUCAACCCGAGAAGCAGUCAACAUUAUUAAACAUUUACAAAAUUAUCCACAAGAUUCUCUUUCUGAUGCUAUAAGAAAUGUAUUUGAUUUUGAUAGUUAUUCAAAAGAAGCUCAAGAAGUCAUUACCAAUGUUCUCAGUCAACAUAAAAUGCCAAUAAAAUUAUCCCCUUGGUCUAGAUCAACUAAAAAGGAUAAUCUUCAAAUAACCAUUGAAAAGGAAAGUGGACUGGAUGUAUCAAGUCCAAAACAUGGAAAAGUUGAUGAGAAAAAUGAACCUCAUGUUGGAGGAAAUACAUGGGCAGGAGGUACUGGAGGUCGAGAUACAGCAGGACUUGGUGGAAAAGGUGGUCCUUAUAGACUUGAUGCCAAACAUAAAGUUUUUCAGGUUAGUGACGAAGAAAAAAAUGCUGUACCUGAACAUGUAAAAAAAGCAGCUAGAGAAAUGGGGCAAAAAGCUUACAAAGAACGUCUUAAGCAAAUUGAAAUGUCUGAAUAUGAUGACAAAGUCUAUAAUGAAUAUUCCCAACCAGUGCAAAAACAAGUACAAGCUUUAAGAGUAAUUUUAAAUUCAUUGCAAGCCAAAUCCAAAGAAAGACAAUGGGUCAAACAUCAAACUUCUGGGGAAUUAGAUGAUACUAAAUUAAUAGAAGGUGUUAUUGGUGAAAAAUCAAUUUAUCGAAAGCGUAGUAAUAUAGAUCCACAAAUUGGAGCUCCUCAGCUGAAACCUAAACGUUUACGUUUUAUUGUGGAUGUAUCUGGUAGUAUGUAUAGAUUUAACAGUUAUGAUGGAAGAUUGGAUCGUGAACUUGAAGCUGUAGUUUUGGUAAUGGAAGCUCUUAGUGGUUUUGAAGAUAAAAUAAUAUAUGAUAUUGUUGGUCAUUCUGGUGAAACUGAAUGCCUAAAGUUUGUUGAUAAAUUUAAUCCUCCUACUGAUAACAAAAAAAGACUUGAAGUUAUUAAAAAAAUGCAUGCUCAUACUCAAUUUUGUAUGGCUGGCGAUAACACUCUUCAGUCAGUUGUUUAUGCUCAAAAAACAUUAGAAGCUGAAAAUAAGGAUUUUGAUGAAGCUGUUAUUAUACUUUUAUCUGAUGCUAAUUUAGCACGUUAUAACAUUAGACCUGAAAAAUUAGCAGCUGCGCUUACUCUUAGUUCAGAUGUACAAUCAUAUGCAAUCUUCAUUGGUUCUCUUGGUGAUCAAGCUGAUAUGUUAAAUAGGAGUCUACCAACCGGUAAAAGUUUUGUAUGCAUGGAUCUUAAACAUAUACCACAAAUUAUUCAACAAAUAUUCAUGUCUUCUAUCAUAAAUGUAUUUUAAUGAAGAAUAACACUUCGAAAUAUCUUACUUUUUUUGCUAAUAUUAUUAAAUUAUAUUUUUAGCUAUUAGAGACUAAUGGUUACCGUUUUUAUUGUUAAAAAUGUGUUUUAAAAUUGUAAAAUUUUGUAAAUAAUCACAUUUUAUUAAUGUUAUUGAUUGAUAUAAUUUUUUAAAAUAAAACCACGGUGUUAUGAUAA